AUGACACGCAGCGGGGAAGGCAAGGGUACUCCUUCGCAGCAGUCAACGACCGUGUCGGAAGACUUCAGCAUUCAGCCAGAGUGGCUCAACGGCGGCGCUGGGGACGCUGCCUUCAAGUACACGGCUGCGCCGUUGGCGGUGCAGCUGCCCCAUUCAACGACGCCAACCCCCCUUCGCGACAACGACGAUUACGCUCUUGAUAUCAUCAAGGAGAGCAUCAAGCACCAGCUCGCCAGUAUCGAGGAGGAAAAGUGCGUCAGUGAAAAUACGUACGGCAAUUUAGCGGCCGCACUACGACAGACACUUCAGCCACAGCCGCAGCAGCAUCGUUACUUGAGUGUGCCGCUGCAGCGCGGGGCCACCAGCGAGGCUACCGGUGCGUGCCGGACCGGCGGCGAUGGUCAUAUGAUUCAUAUCCCCAGUGCUGCUGUACCCCCUGCUCCUCGGUCUGCUGCAACUUCUCGGCCGAGGGAGACGAGGGCGAUGCGCUGCACUUCUUCUCCCGUGUCGGCCGUGGGGCAGCUGACCGCCACUAGCAUUGGGCAGUCCUCCGAGUCCAGGGCAAAUGCGUCUUUCACCAGUGGAAGCGGUACUGUCGCGAGCGGUGUUCGCUCAAAGUCGCCACCGCAGCCACAGCUUCCCCAGGCGCCUUCCCAGCAGACUGCUGAGCUGUCAGCUGAGCAACCUUUCAAACAGCCGCAGCCGCAGCCGCACAGUACCGCGGCUACGGUGUACCCGCUCAAUUCCGCAGCGUCACGAGCGACUUUGUUUGAGCAACAGCGCCAGCCCUCGGCGAAUGACGCUGGCGGCAUGGCGGGCAACGUGAGCACUCGGGGUGAGAUGAACAUUCACCCUGGCAGCCUCCGUAUUCCACUGUCCACCUCCAGUGCUCGCUUGAUGGGCGACAGCCGUGGCGCCGGUGAGGUCACUGCCGUAUCCGCCUCCGCUGAGGCCGCUCCGCGUACCUCCUCUCAUACGGACCCGAGCUGCGACACGAGCAGUGACGCGGCGACUGCGAGGACUUUAACAGUACCGACGACCGCCUCAUCGUCCUCAAUAUCGACGGUUCUGCAGAGCAGCUGUUUGUCUUCCGAGCGCUCGUCGUUCAAGGACGAGCUGACCAGUGCAGGUCACCACUAUCACGUACAUUCCUAUCGCCAGUAUCCCAACCAGCCUCGCCUGGGUUUGCCCGUGGCUGAGCUCAGCCACGGCCGGCAUCCACACCCACCUGAGAUCCCGGCACUGCAGGUAGAGAGCCUACAGGGGGAGUGCGCCGCGCCGCGCCAGCAGGAGCGGCUUCAGCGUAAAGAAACUCAGCAGCAGGAACAGCUGCAGCGUGUGCGAGCCUCGUCCUUGAUGUCGUUCCAGGGUGGCCCGCGCUUCCCCAACUUGCCUCCCCACCUUCAGCCACAACAGAUUCCGCAGACGCAGAGGCAGUCCCAUCCCCAGCAGCUGCUGUCACACCCACAGUCUCAACAGUUGCAACAGCAACAGCUUGGAGUGCCUAAGUCACCUUCAGCUGCCAUGAUGCCUGGAAAGAUCUACGCUGCCACCCCACAGGGCCGGUUGAUUUUGCUCACCCCUGACGGCGUCCGAACACCACAGGUGCAGCCACCGCAGCACUCACUGCCGCCACCCCUGCCACCGCCACCGUUGUCGACUGCCACCAGUUCUGCGCUCACCGGCAACUACGUCACCGCCAGCAACUACUCUGCUCUCUUCUGCCGCAACAACCCGCUGCACUCAAUGCGGUAUCCCGGCUCCGAGUCGGAGGGCGCGGGGCGGCCGGCGUGCGGCGCUGGUCGUCUCAAGGAUGAGAAGGGCACCGCAGCGACCUCCUCCAGCACUUCAGAGGGCCCAAGCACCCAAGUGUCAAACGCGACCGUCAACUCUGUGGCGUCAGAGAAGUAUGUGUCAAGGAGCCUCACCGUAGGACAGAGCUGUGACGACGCAGCGGCAAACCACUCCGAGACCCGCGUCACAGUGACCCCUGCAGUUGUCACUACUGGCAGCGCGAGUGCCAAGGCACCAGCGCUUCCGACCGGCCGUCUUGGUGCUGCGACUGGUGCAUCCGUGGCAACAGGCAGCGCAGGUGGCGUGGAGAGCAGCAGCAGCAGUGUGACAGCAUCUGCGAGUUGUGAAAGUCGACCUCCCACGAGCUGUGCAGCGCCGCUUCUCGUCCACAACGCCUACAGUAGCACCCACGGCGUCUCCAUUGGCGAGCGUGCGCAGCACCUCAGCAGCCACCCAAGCAGCAACAGCAGCGUGAAUGGGGUUGGUGGGCCGCUGCAGCUGCAAGCGUUCCUGCCACGAGAAGACAUUAGCACUACCUCCCCUACGGGUGGUGCUCAUCAUCCCAACCCCAGCCCUGGUGCGAUGUCAGCGUUGCCGAGCAACGGCGCCACGAUGUCGCCUCUAUCGAAAGUCCAGCCGCUGCGCGUGGACCCUGACCGCAAUCUUGGGCGGUGCAUGGCAAACAGCCUGGCGCUAUCGUCCACCAGCCCCAGUAAAGGCAGUAGCAAUGCGCAGGUACUCAUGCCUGGCAGCGGCUACAGCAACCGCAGAGCUAGCAGUGGCACCGUAGUGACCGGUUCUCAAAGUGUGGCAGCUGUGGGACUAAUGGGGUCGAACAACAACACGCUUGGCAACUUGAGCAUCUUCGGGCAGCUGCCCACUGCGCUCAAGCCGCUUAACGGUGGCCUCGGCGUGGAUAUCACAGGUGCCGGCGACAGCGACCAUGCUGCCCACUUUACGCAUUCGAUAUCCCCGCCAGUGUUCUCGGCCUCUGCGUCUCCAUCAUACAGCCCACCGGCGGCGCUGGGCUCAACGAAUGGGAACGGUGGCGCUGUAGGCAUCUUGACGCAAGCGCCACUUCAGCCGGAACCGGCCAGCAGCCACUGGUCCGCGUCGCGAACCGACCUGUUUUCACGGACUACAAAGUCAACGUGGUCAGACACUGUCUCGUUGCCACUCACACCGGGCUCGAUGGCGCCGCCGCCACCGCCACCGCAGUCUUGCAUGCACGGGUCUUCUCCGCCUUUGGCCCAGCACUCCACCGCUGGCGGUCGUCUCCAUGCCACCGCGGAUGACUCCGUCGUCGUGACGGUCCCCAUCGCCAACACUGACGGCACUGUCACGGCAGCUGUCAUCACAGUGCCGCCUCCAUUCUCGUACACUGAUGUUGGUGUGCAGCAGUACUGCCUCGGAGCUCUACAGCAGCAACCACCACAGCAACAGCGACCGUGUCCGCCGCUGCAACAGCAGCAUCUUUAUCAUCGAAUUUCGCCAGCAGAAGAGCAGCGCACCACGAUUUGUGCGGGUGAGGAAGAGGAGUGGCGGCUACAGCAGGAGCUGAUCACGCUGCAGCUCGAACAGCACCGCCAGCGGCUCGAAAACGAGCUUCGCCAAGUUCAGUUUCAGCAAGCGCAGCAGCAGCAGCAGCAGCAGCUUCAGCAUGCGCAGCACCAACACCAGCAACAGCAGCUACAGUCGUCACCGCAGCAACAUCAGCGGUCUCCGCUCCCGGUUCAAGCAGCCAUGGUCGCGAUAGACGGGCGCCUUUACCGCAUGAUGCCUGCCUCCUCAGGAGAGGCUUUUGUGAAGAGCGGCGAGCCAUGCCGCGAUCUGCACUCGCUAGAUAGAGACAGUCUUGUCAGUGACGGCGCCGCGGCAGCAGACGUCCGCACUGAGGCCCCACCUUUUCACCUGCAAAAUCACCCCGGUGUGCACAUGGCUGUCUCCCCGCAGGCUCAGCUAUCACUUCAGCAGCCGCAGCCGCAGCCGCACAUGUUCACCAUGAUAAGUGAUAGGAGUGCUUUGCGAGAGGUUACGGCGGCGGCGUCGUCGCUUGCCAAGCCACCUACGCCUGGUGCCAACGUGUUGCUAGUGAUGCCGGCACCGUCUGCCCCGCACACGAUGCAGUACGGGUACUAG